AUGGUCGUAUCGUCUGAUGACAGCUAACAUUAAAAAUGUUUCGAAAAGCGUUCCACACCAGGUCGAAUAUCGCCAUUCGUGGGUCUGAUCGGCGCAAGCUUCGCAGCACAAUCUGUGAGCAGUUUCCAAGGUUGGACGCAGAUCAAGUUGCCGAACUCACGCCCAACAAAGAUGAUAUGACUGUCAUGAAGAUUAUUACCCAUGCAGAUUGUAUUGUGUAUGUAUACUGCUUGACGGGGACACCUGUGUUUUUCCAGAUUGAGAAACAGCUUUAUCCAACAGUUUACACACUGUGGAAGCACCCAGAUCUACUUCCCAGUCUAUCAACAUGGCCGCCAGUCCUGGACAAGAUAUCUGGAGGAGCAGACUUAAUGCUACCAGGCGUUGUACCACAGAAUGGAGGUUUACCACAACUCAGCAAAGGGCAGCUGUGUGCCGUUGCCCUUGUUGGAAAUCAAGCCGCUGUUGCUAUAGGCCGCGCCUCCAUGGCAACCGUUGAUAUGGUAGCCAAUGGAAUGAAAGGGAGAGGUGUUCAGGUCAUCCAUUGUUUUAAAGAUAUGCUUUGGUCCAUUGGAGAUAAAUCACCAUUGCCUGAACUUCCUCUGCCUAACUUAGAAGUUGAUACCCAAGACGGUAACUCCACCAACCCAUCAUCAUCUCCUGAGCCGGGGAAUCCUCUUCCUGAUGCUGGUCAGGAUGAGAAGGGACUUCAUCUUGAUGGACUGAGUCUUGAAGAUGCUUCAGCCGGGAUUGCAGGUGAUGAUGUCAGAGUUGGGGAGAUGGAAGAAGGAGAAGAAGAAGAUCCAAUAUCUGCAUCAGAUCGGAUGGAUAAGCUGUUAUACCAAUGCACUUUGCAUUGUCUCAAAUCGUCUGUCAAGUCCACUGAUUUACCCCUCCUUACAAGCAACUUCUAUAGGUCACAUAUUGUACCCUGCUGUCCAGAGGACCAGACGCUGGACAUGAAGAAGACAAGCUUCAAGAAGCUGUCUAAGUUCCUUCAAAUGCUGCAAGGUCAAGGGUUACUCAAGGUCAAAGAGGAGAAGAAAGGAAUUGACUUCAUCGUGUCUGUGGACAAAGACCAUCCAGACCUGCGCUCAUUCAUUGUGCCAACAUCAACCAGUGAAACACAGGACCCUAGGGACAGUAAGAAUCAACCUGCUGCGUCUGGUGGUGGUUCAUUCGAGGUCAAACUUCUAUGUGGUGUCUCUGGUGAUAUGCUGCCAGUACUACGCUCAUCGGGGUACAGCAAAGGUGAUUGGAUGACCCAUGAAACCUUGAGAGAUGCUGUGACUAACUACAUCAGACUCAAUGACCUUGUUGAUAAAGCUGAUGCCAAGUUUGUCUAUUUAGACGGCACAUUGCACGAUGCUCUCAUCAACCGAUCUGAAGGCUAUGUGGACAAGCUAAGAUGGGAUCAGUUAUUUAGCAGGUGUAAUGGGAAAAUGACAUCUGGCUAUGAGGUCUUAGUUGGAGGUCAAAGGUCAUCAAAUCCAAAAAGUGUAAGAAAGGGAAAAUUGCAGCCAAUCCAGCUCAAGAUUGAGAAAAAAUCUGGCAAUAAGAAUGUUACAGUCAUACAAAACCUGGAGUUUUAUGGCAUAGAGCCCAAGGAGUUUGCACACCGACUUCAAGUAGGUGUGGCAGCCAGUAGCUCCAUCAGUCAGAUGCCAGGUCAAGGGUCAGGGUCGCAGGUCAUCAUACAAGGGAAACAGAUUCGGUUCAUUGAGACGCUACUAACAGAUCAUUACAAGAUCCCAAAGAAACACAUCCAAGGUUUAGAGCUUGCCGCCAAAACAGGAAAAAAGAAAAGGUGACAUAGCAACCAUACCAGCGAGUCAGCGAUGGUGAAUGGACGAGUCAUUGUGCUAUAGAAAGACAGUGGUGUUCUUGUUGUUAAGGAACUCUUAUGGCAAAAAACUAAACCCUUUGAUCAGGGUUCCCGAUGUAAAGGGCUUUAAUAUAUCUUGUGCUAUGCAAAGAGAGUGGUGAAAUGUGUGUUUCAAUCCUGGGCAUUCAGCAAUAAAAUGGUCUUAGCCAGUGGUCUCAGACCAGGCAGUUAUAGCCAGCUAUCACCUUUGACAGUCUAAGCUUAGUCAGUCAAUCAAGGCACUGGGAUGGACACUAUUGGUAAUUACGCAAAAUAAUUGUUAGCAUAAAAACUUACUUGCAUGGUAACGAGCAAUGGAGAG